AUGUGCUCAUAUACACCCAGCUUUGUUGGUGCCGGCUCAGCUGGAAGACUUAUUGGAGAAGGGCGAUCCGCCCGCCGAAAGAUUCAACUGCCGAAGGGCAAAGGAAAGGCGAAGAGCAAAGAAUUGCCUUUGCCCCAAGCUGUCGCAGAUCAAGAGGAAGCAAUAUCCUACGGUAUUCAGUCCGAAGAACGCGGGGAGAGAUAUAUCACUUCAGGUGGCCCAACCGCCCAGCGCGCCUAUCAAACCGCAUUGAUGUGGUAUCGCAGGGCUUUCGAGCUCGCACACGCGCAAGUUGCGAGCAUCAAUGUUACGUCGCCCACAGAACAAGAGCUGCAGCAAGAUCAUGCGUAUAAUAUGUUGAUUCAAUGUGCAGACGCGGCGUACAAUGCUGCCCGCACUCACUACAUUUUUGCGACCCAUUUCGCUUUCCCGCCGACAUCUCUGCAACAUCUGGAAGAGUCUAUUGGCUUAUAUCAGCAAGCAGCAAGCGCAGAAGAGCGUGCUCGAGGGCUCCACGUGCAUUCAGCCAGCGUAUCUUCGGUCUCACGAUUCCGUCUGGACAUCGAGUACAACCUUGCGUCGUCACAAUUGGCCGCUGCCGAACUGGUCUUCCAGCUCGAAGAUUCUUUCAGUGAAGCGGCUCGCAAGACUGAAGGGGCCCUACACGAUACCGCUCAAAGAUUCUCGCAAGUGGCGCAACGACAGGCGCAGGAGCUCGCAAGUCGAUACGAUUCGCUGCACACAGAUGAUGCAGAUGUUAUUGAGGCCAGUGAAGACGACGAUGGCGCCGCUGAAGUUGAUGCAGACAAGUCAAGUACAUCUGAGGAGCCACUGAUGGUCUAUGCUUCGUCCACGAUUGAGCUCCCCAGCCUUGCAGACACUGUCGAAAACUGCAUAUCUUGCAUCCGAAUCUUUCUCACUGAAGUGCCCAACGUUGGCGCUGACGACACGCGAGUAUAUUUCGCGUCGGAAAUUGCUGCAGCCGCUCUCAAUGCCACGCAGAUGAUCGUACCGGAGAGAAUAUCCGAAUCUGAGAAGCUGCAAUUCGCAUUUAUCCAGAGAAAGGCCUUGAUGUUGAGUCUGGAGGUGGAAAUGGCUCUUGCAGAUAGCAGGCUGGAAGUGGCAGAGGCAAAGGCGCAAGAAAACGUCGCCUCAAGCUACCAACAGAAUUUUGAAGCUCUGCUGGCUGCACAGGCACGCUCACGCUCAAUAUCCCUUUCAAAUUUUUCUGCAGGUGAUGUAGAAGACCCUCUGGAAGGCCUCUGCCAGCUGGCGGAUCUGCAACAGGAUUUGGCGUGGCUAGGUGUUCGCGGCAUGACGCUGCUCGCGGCUUCAGGCAGCUCGGUGCCGUCGACAUUAUUGGACUCAACAUGGGAACUUGCAACCGGCUCUUCAAAAUUGUUUUUGCGCGCAUUGUCAACUCUAUCGAAACAACCUUUGGCGCAAGGCGUGAAUGCCUCAAUAGUUUUGGGCGGGUCAUUAAACCAGGCGCCAAGCCCAGCGGCACGAGCCCGCCUGGGCAUCAAUGCAAACCUAAGCGAGCUCAGUCUGCUACGCGCUUUGCCCUGUUUCAGGCAGAAGCAUAUUCAGAAACAAGCAGGAACACUGGAACUCAAUGAAGGUGCAACAUCUGCAUGGACGACAGUCAAAUCUCUGCUCGACAAUGCCCGCAUCUACGCCCGGCGUGCAUGCAGCGAGGCAGGCUUGACCUGGGCACUCUCCAUCCAAGCACCGUCUCCUUUACCGCCAACAGCAGCCAGACUCAGCAGCGGCGACCAUUAUCGCAGCGCAGCGAUGCCACUGGGCCGCAGCAAGCCUGGCGCCUGGCUUUGACACAUUCUCGCUCGCAGACAACAACCCCUGGAGGGCGUUUCGUAGAAGAAUUGCUCAAACAGCAAGGGGGACUCGACAAGGCUUCUUGGCAGCCCGAAUUGAAGUUCUGGGAUACUUGGAGCCAGUCUCUGGAGCGAGAACCUUGGGCGCCACUGCAGUUCUGAGUGGUAUGUAUGUACAAAGGAAGGUCCAUGUAUCUAUCUACUCCGUACAUUCAUGGGCCCAUUUUCCGUUU